AUGGAAGGCGGCGAGGGCUCCGGAUUCGACGCGGCACACAUGAAGAGGCGGCGGAGCAGCGCGGCGAGGCGGCCGAGGCCGGAGGGCGGCGGCCCUGCCGCGGAGCAGCGGGGCAACACCUCCCCUCCGUCACCGUCGGCGUUGUCCAGGAGCGGGCCGAGGAGGCUGCUGUUGACUUCGGACGAGAACGCCACCGGCCCCGACGGGAGCAACCGUAGGCGUGAGUUCCUCCUGAACGCUCCGUCGCCGGAGCGCGCGACCAAGGGCAGCAUCGGGCUGCGUUCCGAGGCCGCGGCCGGUGGCUCCAGGAAGAGCGAGGGUAGCAGCAGCCAUGGUGCGCAUGCCCCUGAGGGGAACCGCGGUUCGUCGCCGGCUGGUGAGAAGCUGGGGAAGGUGAAGCUCAAGAUUCGUAACGUGUUACCGAAACCGAACCCUGAUACGCCGCCAGCGAAGCCUCCACGGCCUGUAGAUUCGCGGCACCAGCAAAAGCAUGGCCAUCUGACCGAAGGCGCAAAAGAUUCUGACAGGUCAACCUCUUCACGAGACAAGAAAGCCCGAAAGGAGAGGUCAAUUGAAGAAACAAUGGCGCAGGAGCAAGCAGGCAAAGUUCAGAGAGAACCUUCUUCAGAUCCUGUCCGGAAGAGUAGGAGGCUUGCUAAGAAGUCUGUGGACAAUGAAUUUGAUGAGGACUAUGAUACAAGCAAUCUUGGAACUCCUGAAGAUUGGGAUAGUACUCGUGAGCCUAAGAGCAAAGGAAAUAUCUCUAAGAAGAGCACCUCAAAGAAAGGGAAAAAUAGGAGCAAGGUGUAUGGGGCUGAUAAUGAUUUUGUUACUUCCCGAUCUGGCAAGAAAAGAUCUAGAGAAUCAGCUGAUGAUGAUAAUACUGAAGAAGAACCAACCUCAGACAGUGAACCUGACGUCGAAGACACCGAACAAAAAACAGCGAUUGAGUCACCUGUCAAUGUUAGAAGUGAACCUCUCACAACACGCCGCCGUGCCCUUCAAUCAUGGAUGGAUGGCAGCAGCAGCAGUACUGUUGAGUUCCCUGAUGGUCUGCCUCCAGCCCCUUCGAGAAGCAAGAAGGACAAGCUUUCUGAAGAGGAAAUGCUUGCAAAGAAGGCUGAAGCUGCUCAACGACGCAGGAUGCAGGUGGAAAAAGCCACUAAAGAAAGUGAGGCGGAAGCUAUAAGGAAAAUAUUGGGCAUAGACUCUGACAAGAAGAAAGAAGAGAGGAAGCAAAAGGAGCGAGAAGAGAAGGAGCGAGCUACCAGAGCACAAAACAUCGCGGCAAACUCGGUCCGCUGGGUCAUGGGGCCCACCGGAACCGUUAUUUCGUUUCCACAUGCAGUAGGCCUCCCCAGCAUCUUCCACUCCAAGCCUCACAGCUUGACGUGCCCACGUCACAGCAAUGGCAACGAGCACUACCAGCAGCAGCAGAGGAAGAAGAAGGCUGGCAGCUCUCUUGGUUUUGGUUUGAUUAUUGUUCUUGCAGAAUAUAGGUGUUACGUCCCCAUCCAUUUUUAUGUACCAAAGAAAGGAAAGGCGGCAUUUUUCUUUACAAUGUAUGGGUUAUUAUUAGCAGCUUGGGAAAUAAUUAUGGCCAAUCCCGAAGGGCAACGUGCACUGAGGAAUGUCACAAACAACAUCAGUGCAGAUGAAGCUGAGCGUAGGAGGGAAGAACGGAACCAACAACAACGUAAAAGGCGAAAUGAGAUGACCAAUGAACAAAGAGAGGAGAUGAACAGGAAGCGACGUGAACAACGGGCGAUGAAGAAGGUUCAACCGGAUAAUCUAAAUGCCAUCAUCAAUGCAACGUCAUCCACGUUGGCAGCAGAUGCUACGCGGCCCCAUGGUCUGGUAAGCGAUCAGACACCAAUGAACCAACAAAUAUCAGGAAAUAAUUAUUCCAGCAUGGACCAAAACACCCCAAUUAUAUUGGACAAAGAAAAUAUCCCCCCAGAUGCACACGGGGAUCAUAGCCAUGUUGGCAUUGCCGAAACCACCAUAAGAGACAGUGCACUAUCUGUUGUCACCGGCAAAGAUGACCUAGCCCCACAAAUGACACCUGCUAACAUUGCUAAUGCUAAGAGGGAAGAAAGGAACAUGCAACAACGGAAGCGAAGAGCUGAGAUGACCAAUGAACAAAGGGAAGAGAGUAAUAGGAAACAACGUGAGUACCGAGCACGGAAGAAGGCUGCAUCGCAAAAUAUUAGCACCGCCUCAUUGUGUCUCAAGUAG